AAAGUAGAGCUGCUGCAGGAGGAGGAGGAGGAGGAGGAGGAGGAGGAGGCAGUGUGGACGCAUCCUCAGAGGCGCUGGUGCCCCGAUAGAGAGAGAGAGGAAGACGGAGGACGACUUCUUUCUGUUUCUUUCGGGCGGAGAGAGGAGGAAGAUGCCCAAACCGAUCAAUGUGCGCGUCACCACCAUGGACGCUGAGCUGGAGUUUGCCAUCCAGCCCAACACGACAGGCAAACAGCUCUUCGACCAGGUGGUGAAGACGGUCGGUCUGAGGGAGGUGUGGUUCUUUGGCCUUCAGUACACCGACAGUAAAGGCUACGUCACGUGGCUGAAACUCAACAAGAAGGUCACCCAGCAGGACGUGAAGAAGGAGAAUCCUCUGCAGUUCAAGUUCAGAGCAAAGUUCUUCCCGGAGGAUGUUUCUGAGGAACUCAUCCAGGAGAUCACGCAGAAACUCUUCUUCCUGCAGGUGAAGGAGGCCAUCCUGAACGAUGAGAACUACUGUCCUCCAGAGACCGCCGUGCUGGUGGCCUCCUACGCCGUCCAGGCCAAAUACGGAGACUACAACAAAGACCUGCACAAACCGGGCUACAUGGCCUCGGACCGGCUGCUGCCACAGCGAGUUCUGGAGCAACACAAGCUGACAAAGGAGCAGUGGGAGGACAGAAUCCAGACGUGGCAUGAGGAGCACAGGAGCAUGCUGAGGGAGGAUGCGAUGAUGGAGUAUCUGAAGAUAGCUCAGGACUUGGAGAUGUACGGAGUCAACUACUUUGAAAUCAAAAACAAGAAGGGCACGGAGCUGUGGCUCGGGGUCGACGCGCUGGGACUGAACAUCUACGAGCACGAGGACAAGUUGUCGCCAAAGAUCGGCUUCCCCUGGAGUGAGAUCAGAAACAUCUCCUUCAACGACAAGAAGUUUGUCAUCAAGCCCAUCGACAAGAAAGCUCCAGACUUCGUGUUCUACGCCCCUCGGUUGCGGAUCAACAAGCGCAUCCUGGCGCUGUGCAUGGGAAACCACGAGCUGUACAUGAGGAGGAGGAAGCCCGACACCAUCGAGGUGCAGCAGAUGAAGGCUCAGGCCAGAGAGGAGAAGCACCACAAACAGAUGGAGAGAGCGCAGCUGGAGAACGAGAAGAAGAAGCGCGAGCAUGCGGAGAAAGAGAAGGAGAGGAUAGAGAGGGAGAAGGACGAGCUGAUGGAGAGACUGAGGCAGAUCGAGAUGCAGACGCAGAGAGCUCAGAAAGAGCUGGAGGAGCAGACCCGCAGGGCGUUGGAGCUGGAGCAGGAGAGGAAGCGGGCGAAGGAGGAGGCGGAGCGUCUGGAGAGGGAGAGGCAGGCGGCGGAGGAGGCCAAGGCGACGCUGGCUCAGCAGGCCGCCGACCAGAUGAAGAACCAGGAGCAACUGGCUGCUGAGUUAGCGGAGUUCACUGCCAAAAUCACUCUGCUGGAGGAGGCCAAGAGGAAAAAAGAAGACGAAGCGACAGAGUGGCAACACAAAGCUUUGUCUGCACAAGACGACCUUGAGAAGACCCGGGAGGAGCUGAAGACGGCCAUGACGUCUCCGCCGGCGCCGGAACACGACGAGGAGGACGAAACGAACGCCGAGGCGAGCGCCGAGCUCCUCAGCGACGGCGUCAGCAGCCAACGCAGUGAAGAGGAGCGCAUCACGGAGGCGCAGAAGAAUGAACGUGUCAAGAAACAGCUACAGGCGUUGAGUUCAGAGUUGGCCGAAGCCCGAGACGACACCAAGAAAACCCAGAACGACAUGCUGCACGCCGAGAAUGUCCGGGCGGGCAGAGACAAGUACAAAACCCUGCGCCAGAUCCGCCAGGGCAACACCAAGCAGCGCAUCGACGAGUUUGAGUCCAUGUGAGACCGGAGAGGACGGUCGGACGCAACGUCGAAAAAAAGAGACAGUUGGUCUCGUUGCCAUGUCAACGCCUCACUUAACCCUGUAAAGCCCGAAAACCCUGCUGCCGACCCAGGAGCUCCUGCUUUUGUCUUUCUAUCCAGGAGAACGACCGGCUAACGGGCUACGUAGCUUCAGCCUCGCCAAAGCUCUGCCUAGCAACGGGUUGGCCAAUCACACUGCUACCCGCUUUUAGAGCUCCGCCCCCCAAAACCCCAACGAAGCACAUGUCCUUUUAAUCUGACGGAAAAAAUAGCAAGCUGCAUUUCCUGUCAUCAACCUGGACUUCUCCCUUCUAAAGUACUGACUGUUUUAACGCUUGCAUGUACGAUAAUUAAACGACAGGACCGACAAAACGAGAGAAAUGGUUGAUGAUGCUUUUUACUCAACAAAAUGAAACGGCCGUUUGUAGCUUGUUGAUGUUGCCGGCACGCUUUAAUACCUGUAUCUUACUUUUACGUCUUAUGUCAUAAGUUGAACAAUUUAAAUAAUUUGUUUAAAAAAAACACAAACGCCUUAUUUGUCUCAUUUCCCCCCCCCCCCCUCACCCAGUGUUACUUUUUGUGAUUUUGUGUUUGGGAAAAGUUGGCCUGUUAAGUUCUCUCAGUGUCUUUGAUCCUUUAAAGUUGCAUCAGCUAACUUCUAUAACCUUGAUUGGCUGUCAGUUCACUCUGAGAGCAAAACAGAUAUGCAAACUAUGCAAUAAAGAUUCAUUUAU